UGGUUCCACAGGCUGAACACAGAAACGUGAAGGUGGGCGACAACGUGACUCUCAGCUGUGCCCUGACCGAACCCCAGGAUGUUCUGCAAGUGACGUGGCAAAAGGACUCUGAAAAAUCACACAAUAACAUAGCUACAUACAGUACAGUAAAAGGAUUAAAGAUUCAUGAGCCCUAUCAAGACCGACUGAAUUUCACCAGUCUGGUACUCAAUGAGACAAGCAUCACUUUUUGGGACACUAGAAUGAAUGAUUCGGGGUGUUACACGUGCCUCUUCAAUACUUUCCCUUACGGCUCCUUCUCAGGACGGACCUGCCUGAGUGUCUUUGGUCUCGAUGCAUCUGUCCAUUACAACAUUUCUGAAGGUCACUUGAUAGCCAUCUGUAAUGCUGUUGGCCUCCCAGAACCCACCAUCACCUGGAACAAGUUGUUCAAUUCUACUCCUACACAGGAGAAGGUCAGCCACACCAAUGGGAUGGUGUCCAUCAGCAGUAAACUGGAGAUCUACAACAUUAAGAGCAUUGGUGAACAGGACUUGACGUGCAGAGUAAGCAACGUGAAUGAAAAAAGAGAAUUGCCUGUGAAAAUGAAAGGAGAAGCAGGUUCCUCGUGGCUUUGGCUGCCGGUUACUGGGGGGAUUUUAAUUGUCGUCAUAGUUCUGAUUCUGAUCACUCUGUGUUGGAGGAGGAGGAUAUGCAGGAGGGUUUGA